AAACUCUCUCUUUUGAGGGGAUAGCGAUAACUAGAAGACACUCGGAAAAUUCGGCGAGGGCUCCAGAGGCACGCGUACUCUUGUCUCCCUUCGCUUUACCUGUGCUCACGGUCUCCCCUGCUACCCAGGGAGGGAGCUUCUCGGCUGAGGGAGGGACGUCAAGGCUAAGCGGCGUCUCUGCGCUUGCGCGCAUACAGUGGCCGAAAGGAGCCAAAGGCGGAGCCUCGGGCGACGACUGCGAACCCCACCCUCGUGACUGCGUAGACCCGCAUGCAGAGAUGGCUUCCAAGCGCAUCACACAGGAAACCUUUGAUGCUGCAGUGAAGGAGAAUAUUGAGGAGUUUGAGAUGGGUGCUGAGGAGGCCGUUCGAGAGGCUGUGGAGCAGUUUGAAUCACAAGGAGUUGAUCUCAGUAACAUUGUGAAGACAAUACCGAAAGCGUCCUGGGACAGUCUCCAGGAGUCCACACAUGAUGUCCUGCAGGCUCUUAAUGAUCUGCAGGAGGCUGUGACUGAGUUUCGGCCCCAGGAAAUGUCUACCCACCUUGCCCGCUUCUGUGACCAGUGCAAGCAGCAAAAGGCCAGCCGGUACCUGGCAGCCCAGAAGGGAGCCUACCCAAUCCUCUUGGCCGCCUGGCAACUUGCUGCCACAAGCGACCAGGGCCUUUUGCUCCAGGCUCUCAAUGCCUUGGCAGUGCUGACUGAUGGCCAGCCUGACCUCCUGGAUGCCCAGGGCCUGCAGCUGCUCGUGGCCACGCUGGCACAGAAUGCCACCAACACUAAACUCACCUGCUGUGGGAUCCGCUGUGUGCGCCAUGCCUGCCUGAAACAUGAACAGAAUCGGCAGAACCUGGUGAAAGCCGGAGUAUUGCCCCUGCUAACUGCUGCUAUCACACAGCAUGGCCAACAUGCUGAUGUGGUCAGGGAGGCUUGCUGGGCCCUGCGUAUCAUGACCUUUGAUGAUGACAUCCGAGUGCCCUUUGGCCAUGCCCAUGAGCAUGCCAAGAUGAUUGUUCAGGAGAACAGAGGCCUGAAGGUGCUCAUUGAGGCUGCCAGAGCGUUCCCUGACAACCCGGGAGUCCUGAGCGAACUCUGCAGCACCCUGUCUCGCCUGGCUGUGCGGAAUGAGUUCUGCCAGGAGGUCAUCGACCUUGGAGGCCUUGGCAUCCUUGUGACUCUGCUGGCUGACUGCAGUGACCACCAGGACCUUGUGAAACAAGUGCUCAGUGCCCUGAGAGCUAUUGCAGGCAACGACGAUGUGAAGGAUGCCAUUGUCCAGGCAGGUGGUUCCGAAUCCAUUGUGGCUGCCAUGACCCGACACUUGGCCAGCCCCCAGGUUUGUGAGCAAAGCUGUGCGGCACUCUGUGUUCUCGCCUUACGCAAGCCUGAGAACAGCCGGGUCAUUGUGGAGAGCGGUGGAGCGCUGGCUGCAUUGCAGGCCAUGAAAGCACAUCCGCAGGAGGCUGGUGUCCAGAAACAGGCCUGCAUGCUGAUCCGAAACUUGGUGUCCCGAAGCCAGGCCUUCUCCAAGCCCAUCCUUGACCUGGGGGCAGAGGAGCUCAUUUCACAAGCCCGAGCUGCCCACCCAGACUGUGAGGAUGUGGCCAAGGCUGCAUUGCGAGACCUGGGCUGCCGCGUGGAGCUUCGAGAACUGUGGACAGGAAAGAGGGGUGACCUGGCACCAUGACCCUGGGUAGUGAGCUCUGACUCCAGAACAUGGGAGCUCUGUGCCCUGCCACUCUGUCUGCAUCCAUGCCACCCAGAGAAAAAGUGUUCAGCAGAUCAGUGGUGGGGAAAGGGCAGGAGCAGCCCUUGGGGCCUGUAUCCCCACAGGCAGCAGUGAUGACCUAGUGACCCAUCCCUUCUAGUGCCCCUAUCCCGCCCACAGUUUUUCUCGGCUGUUCCAGGGCAAAGGGCAUAUGAACUGCAGCACUAUGUUGGAGUUUGGGGCCCCUGCAAGCCAAUGUCCCGACAGGGUCAGCACUGGGCUGAAGUCCAGGCAAUGCUCUAAGCUGUUGGUAACCCUGCUCCUUCAGCAGGCACUAUGGCAGAGGUGCUUCCCCUGAGUUGCUUCCCCAAGAUCUACAUGGGUCCAUAUGGGGGCAGGGAACAGACUCCUGCAAACUGUUGUCUGAACUCCGAAUGUAUGCUGUGAUGCUCACAUGUGCACAUAGUAAAUGUGAUUUUAAC